UAAAACAAGUUGUGAUCGGUUGAAGGAAGAAGCAUGACGAAGAAAACCCCAGCUCCAGUACUGGUGCGCCAUGUCAUCUGGUUUGGCUGGAAACUCGUCAUCCUCCUCUCAUUUGCUCUCUGCUUCUUCGCUCUACUCCGCCUCCAUUUCUCGUCCGAAAAUUCUGCUUCUUCUUCCCCUAACUCUUUCUCUCCUGCCCGUGCGAGAUCUCAAAUUUCUCGCGAUAACUUCCAUGGUCCCCCUAAGAUCGCCUUCCUCUUCCUGGCCCGCCUUAACCUACCUCUUGAUUUUCUAUGGGGCAGCUUCUUCGAGAAUGCUGACGUGGCCAAUUUCUCCAUUUAUAUACACUCGGCGCCUGGCUUUGUGUUCGACGAGUCGACUUCGCGGUCGCAUUUCCUUUAUAAUCGGCAAUUGACUGAUAGCAUUCAGGUGGUAUGGGGAGAAUCAAGUAUGAUAGAGGCGGAAAGAUUAUUACUUGCAACUGCUUUAGAGGAUCCAGCAAAUCAAAGAUUUGUUCUUCUCUCUGACAGUUGUGUCCCUCUGUACAACUUCAGCUAUAUAUAUAGAUAUCUGAUGGGUUCUUCUAGGAGUUUCGUGGACAGCUUCCUUGAUGUAAAGGAUGGGCGUUACCACCCAAAAAUGUCACCUCUAAUACCAAAGGGCAAGUGGCGAAAAGGAUCUCAGUGGAUUUCUUUGGUAAGGAGCCAUGCGGAAGUCAUUGUAGAUGAUGAGAUUGUUCUUCCAGUCUUUAAGAAUUUCUGCAAGCGACGUCCUCCCCUGGACACUAGUAAAGGAAAGCUGAAUAUUAAACUUCAAAAGCAACACAAUUGUAUCCCAGAUGAACAUUAUGUGCCAACAUUGUUUGCGAUGAACGACCUUGAAGGUGAGCUAGAACGAAGAACACUGACCUAUACCAUGUGGAAUCUGUCUGCUGCGAAAAUGGAUAACAGAGCUUGGCAUCCUGUUACCUUCAACUAUGCAGAUGCAAGCCCUAUACGAAUCAAGGAAAUAAAGGAUAUCAACCAUGUAUACUAUGAGAGUGAAUUCCGGACAGAGUGGUGUCGAACUAACUCUACAUGUGUUCCCUGCUUUUUAUUUGCAAGGAAGUUCUCGCGAGGAGCUGCCAUGCGCCUCUUGAGCGAGGGGGUGGUUGGCCCCUUUGAAGCCUCCUCGCUAUUAGGCAAUCUCUCGUGAUCUCCAUUCACAAUUUCUUGCACCACCUAAAGCUCGGCUGAUCCACUUCUAAAAGCAAUUAGGGUGACAAGCAGAAUGCCUGCUAAAGUUUUGCUGAUGCACCACACAAUCGAAUACGCAGAGUAUAGGUUUUAGUUCAAAACAGAAUUUGAUGAGGCAGAUAAUGCUGUUUGACUAAGAAGAGUUGUAUACAAUACCACCAUUACCGGCGCUAAUUGAAUGAUAGAACAAGUGUGAUUGAUCAUAUUGUUUACAUGCUAAGAAAAGUUUGACAUUCUUAUUACAUUCUCUAUAAUUAGUUUGUAGUGUAACAACUCCAUAAUUACAACGAUUAUAGAUUAUAUUACAAACGAAUAGCACCAGUAUUUGGCCUAUGUAAAUAUUGCUAAUCAUCUUCUUUAUUUUUGUUCUAUUUAACGGCUUUACGUAUUCUCUCUCUCUCUCUAUAAAAACAAGAGUGAAGUUUGAAGAAAGCCAAAAAUGCAAAUGGUGAGGCAACCUAUCGUCUGUAUAUAAAAUUUGCAGAUGUACCGUGUUUACUGUGUGGCCAU